UUUAUUGUACGUCAUACUAAAAGUAAAUAUCACGUUGUUUCGUUCUUUUUUUUUCUAAAGGGUUAAUUAUUAUUUUUACGAAUAUACUUUAACGUUGGUUACAAACAUUUUUCCGGUGUACGUCUUUUUCUUAGCAGCCGAGUAAUUAUGUCAGGUUUGAAACAAGUUGUUUUAGGUUUAACUGUAUUGUUCGUUAUUGUCACGUGCGGAGGCAAUGAUAAUAAUAACAAAAAUAUAUGUAUUCAAGCAACUGAUAACUGUCCUAACGAGUAUAUUAAAUUAUAUUUGUAUACAAAUAAAACUAAAGAUGAUCCUGUUGAGCUUUCGGAAGAUUCAAUCAAAAACAUUCAGUUUGCAAUGACUUUUGAUCUAAAAAUACUAAUACACGGAGUCAAAGGAUCGCGUGACGACGAUUUUAACACAUUAAUGAGGAACGCUUAUUUCUCACAGGCAGAGUAUAACAUAAUCACGAUAGAUUAUCAUCCUAUCGCGACUUCGUUGAAAUGUUACGACGUCGCUGUUCGAAACUUGCCAAUUAUCGCCAAAUGUAUAACACAAAUUUUGGAUAAGAUCCUCGACGAAUACGACCAAUUUGAGUACAUACACGCCAUUGGCUUCAGCUUGGGAGGUCAAGCCGCUGGUCUCGUGGGGAAACUAUUGAAGGCGAAGGGAAAGAUUCUGAACAGGGCUACAGGCCUUGAUCCAGCUUUACCUUAUUUUGAAUACAUGUGGAACAAUUUGGACAAGCACAGUGCAACCGUAGUGGAUGUCAUACAUACGAAUUGUGGUGCUCUCGGACAAAUGUUACCGAUUGGAACAGUUGAUUUUUACGCCAAUGGUGCAAUCACACAGCCGGGAUGUGAUAAAAAUAAGUAUUGGUACUUUUGUAGUCACGAAAAAGCAUAUAAAUAUUACGCUGAGUCGAUUUACUAUGGAACGACCAUGUCUGGAUUUUAUGCGACGACUUCGAGCUCUUUAAACCAGCUGUCAUUAUUGGGACAUUUUAGUACUUUUUCGGGAAAAAAAGUAUUAGUUGGAGAAUAUCUUGACCCUGAGACUAAAGGAAUAUACAACUUUUUAACCAACGAUAGUCCACCUUACUCUAAAGGAAAAAAUACAAUUUGUAAUUUAAUAAUGGAAUGGUUUUCUAAUUUCUAAUAUUUAAACAUUACACAUGUGUAUAUUAUGGAUAAUA